GGAAGCCUUUCGGUACCGUGCGCCCUGGCUGGAGAUGAAAAUUGUCGCCGGCCGCACCUCGCGGGGACAGCCGCCCCGGAACCGCUGCCCCUGCAGGAAAGGGCGCAGCAGUCGAACGGCCUUCGUCUACCCGUCGGAGAAAUGGGCGCGCUUCCAAGUGCCGGCAGUGCCCAGCAAAGGAUUCGGGAUUGGAUAGUUACCCAUCAUUCUGCCCUCCCCGAGCUUUUCCCACCUCUGGAAGAGGAGGCCUGCCUGGUGAAAGACUGGCCUCAAAGCUCGAACCGAAGUGCCUGCCCCCCUAGUGGCUCCCGGGAUCCCCAACUCAGGCCAGAACCCUCAGAGGCCUGGCAGGACCCCCCAAUGCCAGUCUUCCGCAGCAUCCGAUGCCAGCUUUCCUUGCAGGACUUGGAGGAGCACAUUGAGCAGGAAAGCUCUGCCAGUGAAGAGGGCAGCAGCACCAGCAGGGACAGCAACUCCCACGAAGGGGAAAUGGGCAGGGGGAAUGGGUGCAUCGGAAACUCAGUGGGUUGCGAGGGCCCUCGGGGCAUCCCUCACACCAAUGGUCUGGUAGUGCCACUUGCCCAGGCCAGCCAAGGCCACAAGAACGGCAAGUCCCCUCCGUGUGUUGCCUUGCUUCACCGGAUCGUUGGGAGAGCUGCCACUCUGGGCAAAGCAGAAGGCAGUGAUUCCAAGUGGCAGCGCAAGGAUCCAUUGAAGUCGAACCCAAGGAAGAUGAGCGGACCACCAUCCCCAAAUCUGGAUGCCCCCUUAAGUCCCCGGUUAGUUCCUAGACAAGGACCCUUGACAAAUGCCCCAUUUGUAGAAAGGCUGGCCCCUAGCCCAGAGGGGUCUGCUGAGCACAGGUCUUCCUUGGUGCCCCUGGACGCUCGAGAACACGCCUGGCUGGUCAAGGUGGCCACGGGCUCCUGGAUGCAGGCCUGGGCGCUGCUCCGGGAAGAUCCGCACCUUGCCCUCCGCAGGGACUUCAUCUCAGGCUUCACGGUGCUGCACUGGUUGGCCAAGCACGGGAAUGCCCAGGUGCUGCAAGACUUUGUCACGGGUGCCAGGGAAGCAGGGAUUGUCCUGGACGUGAAUGUCAGGUCUGGUUGUGGUUACACCCCCCUGCACCUGGCGGCCAUCCACAGUCACUCCCUGAUCAUCAAGAUCCUGGUGCAGAAGCUGCGGUGCCGGACCCAAGCCCGGGACUGCAGCGGCAAGAAGCCUUGGCAGUACUUGAGUGCCAGUGUCUCUGGAGAAAUAUGGCAGCUCUUGGGGGGCCCUCGAGGCAGGACUAUCUUCCCGGCUCAUCCAAUCAUCAGAGCCUCCAUGGCCGCCUCUUCUGCUUCCCCAGCCAGGAAAGUUAGCAGAAAGUCCUCCUUGGCAGCCUACUUGAAACCUCAACACAUGAAAUGGAAAAGGGGGAGCAAGUGCCCCCCCUUACAGGAGACGGAGGAAUACAGUGAUUAACAACUGCUGUUGUGUCCUUGGAGCAAGGCAAAGUAUGAGGAACAAGGUCUCCAAAGAUCUUGUUGGCCCAGCCUCUUUUCGAGUCCAACAGCUGCAUUUGGGGAGAAAGUGGACGAAAAAUGGCACUUUAUUCCUGAACAUUUAUUUUAACUGGGAUGGGGAGAAUCGCUUUACAACCCUCCCACGGGAGCUUGAGUCCAUCCUGGGAAAUGCUCUGGUCGAGUGGACUUCUCUGGCAGCCUCGGGUUACCUGCUCCAUGUCUGUCGCUGAGAAACUGCACUUUACCUUCUUUCUUGUGAAAAUGACUGGUGAAAACAAAGGUGGUCUCUCUUGAGAGCUGGUAUUGAAAGGUAGGGGGAGAAUGAUGGUCAACUCUGAAAUCCAUGUUGGCUUUGAAGCAUGGGAGGGGCUUUAUGCAAGGACUUUUAGAGUUGGGUAUCUGGAGAACGGGAGGAGGGCAGGUCGCCCCUGAAACUACAAUGACAGUAUUGAAAAUGCCGCAUAGGGACCCAAGAUGACAAAGAAGGAUGUCAUUUGCACUCUUCCCUUGCCAUCUAUGAUGAAUUAUUAUGGUUUGCCUUUGGGAACGUGUUGAAGAGAUGGGUGGACUGGAAUGGCUUAAUUAGGUUGGUUAACCUCAUUGCAAAGAGCUUUAAACCUUAAAAGAAAAAGGCCCAGAGGUUAAAAGAGACAAUGAAAUCCAGCCACUUGGGGGCUAAAAAGUGACCAACAGAAACUUGAUUUUAUUUUAUUACUUUGUAAGGCCUGUUAAUAAACCUUAUUGCUGCUGACAUAUAUUUUCGCAUCAUCG